AUGCCCCAGAGGUUCACGCGGCCAAACCGGCCAGACGAGCCACCGGGAUAUGAUCGCGCUCGGGCCCCUCCGCCAGAUUCUGGUUCUAGUUCUGCCGUUGCUGAGUUAGGGUUGCUUGCUUUGAGGGUGUGCCCACCACCACGGUGGUGCACUGGUGGUGGCAACCCCUGGCUGUUGUCAGCGACGCUAUUAUGGUUCAAGAGGAGAAGGUUUCCAAGGGAAAUUCCACGGGUUGCGCCGCACUUUUGA